AUGGCCCUCCUGCUCCCUCUACUGACGACCCUGCUGGUGGGCAGCUAUGGCCCUGCUGGAUCUCUGGGCUGUGACCUGCCUCAGAAUUCUGUCCUGCUUAGCAGGAAGACCUUUGUGCUUCUGGCCCAAAUGAGGAGAAUCUCCCCUUUCUUGUGUCUGAAGGACAGAAGUGACUUCAGAUUCCCUGAGGAGGUGGUAGAAGGCAGCCAGUUCCAGAAGGCCCAGGCCAUGUCUGUGCUCCACGAGAUGCUGCAGCAGAUCUUCAGCCUCUUCCACACAGAGCGCUCCUCUGCUGCCUGGAACCCGACCCUCCUGGACGAGCUCCGUGCUGGACUUCAUGGGCAGCUGGAAGACCUGGAGACCUGCCCAGUGCAAGCGAUGGGAGAAGAAGAAUCUGCUCGUGUAACUGAGGGUCCAAUACUGGCCUUGAAGAGGUACUUCCAGAGAAUCCGUGUCUACCUAGAAGAGAAGAAAUACAGUGACUGUGCCUGGGAGGUUGUCAGAGUGGAAAUCACGAGAUCCUUCUCUUCAUCAACAAACUUGCAAGAAAGGUUAAGAAGAAACGCUGGAGACCUGCAGUCAUCUUGA